AUGAGCACCUCGCGCCGUCGCAAUGGCAAACCGGCCUCAUGUGAGCCAUGCCGCCGAGACAAAGUCCGCUGCGACCAUGCAUUGCCUGUCUGCACGCGCUGUCGAGACCGAGGAGUCUCGACCCGCUGCUUUUACCACCCAGCUCCCCUAACGCGGGCCAAAGGACGUCGUGUAUUCCCAUUGGCAGAGGGUGUUCCAUUUGAUCGAGCUCCAUCGAUAAGAAACCCUCAUAUGAGUGAAACUUCUUUCAAUUCAUAUAUGCCCAAUACAGUUCAAGAUAGUUCUGCAUCCCGCACUAUGUCGCGGACUCAGCCGUUACUUUCUGGAUACUUCGGCCCAACGAGUUUCGUAUCCCCUCUCACCGAUGAUGUUGACCUAGGGGUUCCAGGCCAAGGCCUAGAAGUGGAAGCCUCUCAGCGAGUCCUUCCACCAUACUGGGUACAGAAGAUCUCAGAGGUACUAUCGACCCUGGGUGAUUUCACCAAAGUCGAAGCUUUGAUCCGCGAGUAUUACGCUCUUAGUCAAAGCGCUGUGAUAGCAGCGCCAUUCGUGCUGAAUAGCCUUGGACCAGUCAGUUCCAUGUGCAAGGAGUUUGUCUCAACUCCAAAUGUGGAUGACUCGACAUCCUCACUUACUGUACGUAUAAUCCAAAACACGGCGGAAAUUUUCCAGGUGCCCGCAACGACAAAGGGGAGGGAUUUCCAUACGCUCUAUACCGGUCCGGCCAUUCGUCUUGAAAUCAUUGGGAUAUUAUGCGCCCUCGCUGGUCGGGCGAGAUAUCUGGGACUCGCUCGUGAUAGGUGUGAUGGCAAAACAUCUCGGACUCAAUAUGCGCGCAAGAUGCUGGCAGCCGGUGAUGCUGCGUUGUAUAUUUGCAAGAUCUUGACUCCACUCAAUGAUCUGACAAUAUGGUUGGUGCAUGAGAAUCUCUUGCUGACAGAUUUGGUGAAUGGCGAUUCGAGUCCAUCAUGCUGGAACAGACUAGGCGAACUCUCAACAGACAUCUUUGCGCUCGGUCUCCAUCGCGAUACCAAGACGUCCCCCGAGCUACCAGAGUUUCUGUUAGAAACGCGCCGGCGGCAUUUCACCGCAGCAUACCAACUCGACAAAAGCAUAGCCACCUUCCUAGGCCGGCCACCUAGAAUGCCAUGGCGAUAUGCCGACUGUCGCAUGCCUCUGGAUAUAAGCGACGAAGCACUCGCUACCGACAAUAUGGUUCUAGAUUACUCCCACGACUACAUUGAUUCCAACGGGUGGAGUCUUCAUGGCGUCGUGCAACGGUCAUCCUGGAUGCGAGUACGUUUCAUCGUCAGCACGUUCCGCGAUGAGAUCUUAGAGGUUUCCCUCCGGAAGAUGACGCCUGAGAUGGAGGAUAUGCUGGAUAAUAUCUCCCAGCGCUGCCAUCUAGCAUGGGAAGCCCUACCCAUCCAUUUACGCUAUACACCACAAUGCUGGGAUAAUAACUCACCCGUAGCAGUGUGUCUCAUGCUAAUCAUCUCCUACCUCGCAUACCUCUACAACGACUUCCUCAUCCAACGACUGAUAGCUGGAAAGAACAACCCUCGCGGGAACACAGCGCUCCUUUCUGUCAGUGCAGAUAUUUUGUCUACAGUCUUGAUACUCGGCACGCAGCGCGAGCAAAUGCUCGACAUACGACCGGAUUUCACAUGGACGGUCCUACUAUACGGCUUCCCAAGCGCAAGUCUCCUAAUAAAAGCCCUCCAACACCAAAAACGAACAGGGGAACCAUUCCUCUACGACGGAUCACGGUCCGCGCUGAUUCGUAAUUUGAGUGUUUUUAUCUCUCAUCUUGAGUCAAUUGUUCGACCGGAUAAUGCGAAUUAUGCACUAUUUCAGCGGGCAAGCCAGGUAUUCUCGAAGAUUAUAGAUGAGAUUCUUGAGCCGCAGUCUCUGGUAUCGGAUUCUAGUCUGAGGGAUGCUGCUCAUAUGGAUUUCGAGCCCGUGAUUGAUGUUGAUGGGUUGGAUUUGUUUAAUAAUAUGGAUUUCGGGGUUGCGUUUAAUCAAUGGUUGUUUUGA